AGAACUAAUAAAAAUAAUAAAAUAAUUUAAAACGAAAAAGAAUUUGACUUGGAUACAUUUUUCACAUUAGGAAAAGGUAAAUUCCUCUCCUUUUUUAUUUUUAUUUUUUUACUCGUAUUUAUAAUUGUUGUACAUUAUAACGUAUUAGGAUACGUAUUAAGAGAGAAGAACCCUAAUUACUUACGAGAGAGGAGAACCCUAAUUUUCAAUUGUGGUCGAAAAUUGGAAGAAUGAGGAGGAGGAGGUGCGAUCUUCAACCGAAGAGAACGAGAAUGUGCGAUCUUCAACCGAAGAGAACGAGUAUGUGCGAUCUUCCACCGAAGCUGGUAGGGGAGAAGAUCCUCACGAGGAUUCCGAUAACAUCUCUGAGAGCGGUGCGAUCCACUUGCAAAUUAUGGAACGCUUUAACCAAAGAUCGGGUUCUGGGUAAAGCAGCGGCGCAGUUUUUGGGGUUUAUGACGAUGGAUUCAAAGGUCUGUUCAGUUAGAUUCCAUCUCCGUCGCAGCAAGGAGGAAGAAGAAGACACGAUGGAUCUAUCUAUAAAGCAGGUAGAUUUGCUUAAUCAAGUCGAGAUAUCUAGAGUGUAUCACUGCGACGGCUUGUUGUUAUGCGUGGCUAAGGACAACUCGAGGGUCGUGGUUUGGAACCCUUAUUUGGGGCAAACAAGAUGGAUCAGACCCAGAACAGAAUCCAACAUAGGAGACAGCUAUGCUCUUGGAUACGACAUCAACCGUAACCACAAAAUCUUGAGGAUGGUGCAGACAAGAAACGUUUCCGUUUACAGGUACGAAAUCUACGACUUGCGCUCUAAUUCAUGGAGGGUUCUCGAGGUCACUCCCAACGGGGAAAUGGACCCUAAUCAUCCCCUCUACGGCGUUUCUGUGAAGGGAAAUACCUACUUUUUUGCGCAUGAGGAUAGCAGCAGUGGUGAAAUUGAUGAAGAUGGCGACAUAAUCGAUCUUGAAGAUUUCUUACUCUGUUUUGAUUUUACAACAGAGACAUUUGGUCUGCGUCUGCCUCUUCCGUUUCACUCUACUAUCGAUGCGACUGUGACCCUCUCUUGUGUUAGAGACCAGCAGCUCGCGGUGCUAUAUCAUAAUGAGGGUCUUCACAGUGAUGAUCGGUUUACCACAGUUGAGUUUUGGGUUACUACUAGUAUUGAGCCCAACUCUGUGUCCUGGAGCAAGUUUUUGACAGUGGAUAUGAGACCAUUGGCACUCACUGGUGUUCGGUUUGACAAUGAUAUGGGUGCCACCUUCUUCAUUGACGAGGAUGAGAAAGUCGCUGUGGUUUUCGAUCUAGACGGAUACCUAAGCACCGAGAGCGCUCGUUACCACACCGCUUUUAUCAGUGGAAAGGAUGGAUUCUUUAAACCUGUGACUCUAGGAGUAGCUCCCAAUGUCGGGGAACCUUGUCCCAGAACCGGGCAUAUUCCGACUACAUAUCGUCCCCCGCUUGUCUGCUCGUCUACUUACCUUCCGAGUUUAGUGCAAGUCAACCAACAGCGCAAAAGGAAAGAAAGACAUGUUUAGUUUUCUGUUCCUUGCAGUUCUCAAGACUGCUAGUCAAUUCUCAGUUACAUUUCCAUGUUAUCUUUCUCCUCUUUUAGUUUCUCUUCUCAAACUUACUCUUGUCAUGGUUUAAGUUUCUUACUUUUCGUCAGUGAGAUGGUUAGGUACCUUAUUUGUUUCUUGCAUUGUCGUCUGCUAGUAAAUUUAUCAAAGCAUUGUUCUAGUCACUUGUUCACUUGCACCAUCCUUAAGCAAAGCAUGACAUGGUUUCAUGUACUGUUAGCCCAAUUAUGGAGUACAUAUCUCAUAUAAGUUAGUCUGUUUCUGCGUUUACUUCUAAGUUAGUCCCAAUUAUGGAGUACAUAUCUCAUACAUAUCUUAUAUAUACGAAAAGUGAUAUCUGAUCUCAUCUCAUGUAUGUUGUGUUUCUUACACCAUUAUGAAUACUAUCUGGCCUUUACAGGUUCGUCCUGUAGUGAAAGAAGUACUAGACACAUUUUGGGUAGGUGCUUAGCUAGGAACCAAAUAAAAA